UAAGUCAAAUAUGUUCACAAAGUCGCAAAAUAAGUCGUGUUUUUCCAUCUGUUACUGAAACGUGAAACUUAGAACUUAAGCCAUACGAGGAGUGCAUUUGAGCACACAUUUCAAUACACAGAAAAAAAUAUCCAAGGAAAACUAGAUGACAUGAAAUCUAGAAUUGUAUUUGUCUAUAUAAUUUCAAAAUUAACGUCGCCUUACAUUUCAUUGUGUCAAAAAUUCUCGAUUCGAUCGUCACAGACCAUCUCAAUCUACAUCUGAAGAACAUCGUCCACGAAAGUCAGCAUAGAUUCAUCAAAAACAGCCGUAAAAAAUAGCAGCAAAAACCAGUGUAAACAUGUUUUCACUUAGUAAAAAUAGAAAAAUAGUGUCUACAAUUCAGAAAUCAUUUCUCUCAAAUGGAGGACGCCGAUAUUUAUGGAAUGAAAUAGAACGUAAUAUUGAAGAUAAUAAAAAUGUCAAAAGAUAUAAUGAAAUUGUCAUACGAGGCUAUGACACGCAUUCAAAGAACCCCACAAUCUUGACUCCAAGGAGUUCUCUCACUGUGCCCAAGAUUCUGAUCGUGGGUGGAGGCUACGCAGGUUUUUACGGCGCAUGGGAGCUCGAAAAGCGCUUGCAAAAGGAUGAAGCUGACGUGACUUUAGUCGAUCCAGUGCCAUAUAUGACAUAUCAGCCAUUUCUUCCUGAAGUGGCAGCCGGCUCAAUCGAGGCUCGCCAUUCUGUUGUCGCGCAUCGUCGUCAUCUCAAACGGACAAAUGUCAUCACGGCCAAGGUCACGAAUAUCAAUCAUGCAAAGAAAGUUGCUACGAUCACUCUGCCAGAUUCUGAUAAUUCAUAUGAAUUCGCAUACGAUCAUGUAGUCAUCACUGCUGGAGCUGUAACACGUACAUUUCCGAUUCCUGGUAUAGCAGAGAACGCAAUUGGUUUGAAGACAAUCGAAGAGGCCGUGGCGAUUCGUGAUCGACUAAUGUCAAACUUCGAUAAAGCUGCAACUAUGUCUCCUGGUCCCGAGCGUGACCGUUUAUUGACUGUCAUCGUCGUUGGUGGUGGUUUUGCUGGUAUUGAGGUUUUUGCAGAGUUGCGCUCGAUGGCUUCGUCAAUCGUCGAAAAAUAUCCACAACUGAGAUUUGACGAUACACACUUUCAUCUAAUCGAGGCAUCAGGCCGAAUCAUGCCCGAAGUUUCGCUACAAACUAGCGAGUGGGUGCUUGAUGAUCUCGAGAAGCGUGGCGCCAAUGUACAUCUAUAUACUCAUUUAAAGAGUGCUGUUAAUGGAAAUGUCGAACUUUCAACUGGUGAAGUCAUCGCAAGUGACCUAAUCGUAUGGACUGCUGGUGUCAUGGCAAAUCCAACCGUCGUACGUGGUGCUGAUCUGCCUGUUGAAAAACGAGGUCGUAUUCAAACACGAGCAGAUCUACGCGUUGGCACAUCAGAAAGGUUCAUUGAAGGUGCUUGGGCGGCUGGUGACAUUUCUGCUAUUCCCGAUUACUCUGGAGAUGGAAUCGAUGGAUACUGUGUACCAAAUGCACAGCAUGCUGUGCGACAAGGAAAGCUGCUCGCCAAAAAUAUCUGUGCAGUACUACGAGGGGAAGAGCCCAUAAAUUACUUUCAUAAAAACGUUGGUGCUGUUGCUGGAUUAGGUUUGUACAAUGGUGUCUUCCAAUCUGGUAAUCUAACGCUCGUUGGUUUCAUCGCAUGGAUAGUACAUCGUGGCUACCACGGUCUCGCGAUACCCACGAUAGAACGCAAGUGGCGGGUUCUAUGUGAUUGGUGGAACAACUUUUGGCUUGGUCGCGAUCUCGUAAACUUGAAGACAGUUCAAAGUCCACGAUACAUCUUUGAAGAAUUCGCCGCCCGACCGAAGACUGUCGUGAAGUAACAGAAUAAAAUUAGAACUUUACAAGAAAUUGCUUUUAGGAUCAAUGUUACAUCACUAGAAGAUCUCGACACCAUUCAAAAACACAUUUGAAUGUGAAUUGUAUGGAAUAUAAAAUAUUUUGUAAGUUAAGUAAUGGGAUUGAAGCGUUUGAACUUAUCACACGAAGUAGAAUUUUGAUGAUAAAGCGUUUCGUGUAUGUGAUGAAAAUUCUUCGUUGUUACAAUGAAAAUGUGAUGAUUUUACAAAUAAGAUUAACAAGGACCGAAAUAAAAGAACUUGCAAUUAUUUUGAAUUGAGCAUAGUAGUUGACACUACCCUCACUUGCUUUCUAUAUCACCUGUAUAUUUUUUUUGAGCUUCACGUUCCGAGCGACAUCUCUAUGUGCUUGGCAUUGAACUCGCGAUCCAAAC